AUGGACACGGCGCAACCGCGAUACGACACACCACACGGCAGGCACACUGAGCACAGUUCACGAAACGUCGUCCUCACCGCGCAUAUUUACCGCAUCCAGCAACGAUCGGUUCGCACUUCGAACCCGGUGUUUCGUCCUACAUUCGUGGUGGUAUCCACGAAUGUAGGACGAAACGUCACGCGCCGGCCGAUUAGUUGUGUGACACGGGUACACCACUUACAUGUAUUCCACGGGUGGAACGAUAGAGCGGGAAGACGAUACAGUUUCUUUCGCGAGACUAGAGCUGUCGUGGACAGAGGGCUAGGGCUGUGCGUUUACAUCGCAGCGGUACGACACUGUCCGUGCCGCGGGCGUGCAGAGACUGGCGGCUGGCGGGCGGUAGAGCGCCCCGCGGCCUCACCGCCCGACGUCACGUUGACGGCCCGACGCUGGCGUCAUCGCCGCACGCGG